AUGACAGCAGAUAAAGAAGAGGUGAUCGACUUCGUUGCUCCAUAUUUCGAACAAACUGGAAUAACGAUUGGAGGAGGUGAAGCGCCUAAAGCUCUUUCGGGCAGAACGCUGGUGGCAGCCUACUGGUUGUUCGUGGUCCUCAUGUUGGCUACUUUCACUGCGAAUUUGGCUGCUUUCCUCACCGUUGAGAGAAUGCAGGAAGAGAUGCCGGCCAUACCUGAAAGACUCGAUCAGGAUCAUCAGGAUAGUCUCCUAGCCCAUCAGCAACUCCAAGACCAAAAGGGGGAGAAUAUGGAUACUACCACUCCCCCCACCUGA